AUGUGGAAGUCUGCACUACUUCUUGCGCCAGUGGCGCUCGCUAUAGACAUCUCUUUUGACUCCGCAGACUCAAUACGGGAAGGCGCCGCUACCAUCGCCCAAGAUAUGAUGAGUUUCUACAAAGGUCACGAUCCCGGUGAGACGGUCGGCAUAUUACCCGGAGGCUUGGAGUGCAAUCCAGAAAUCCCAGGCGUGUACUGCUGGUGGCAAGCAGGUGCUAUGUGGGGCGGACUGAUUAACUACUGGCAAUAUACUGGUGAUGACACCUACAACCAAUUCGUGAUCGAGUCAAUACAAGCACAGAGAGGCCCAGAUAUGAAUUUCAACCCGCCGAAUCAAUCCAGGAGUAUGGGUAUUGACGACCAGGCUUUCUGGGCUUUCACUGCUCUGGAUGCCGCCGAAGCCAACUUUCCAGAGUCAGAAGUUGAAGGCGAUCCGUCAUAUCUAUCCCUGGCGCAAGGGCUGUUCAACUUCCAGACCAACCACUGGGAUUCAAGAACUUGUGGUGGAGGCUUCCGGUGGCAAGUAAUUCCAGUGAACAGUGGCUACCAUCUCAAAAAUAUGAUUUCGAACGGUGGCAACUUUCAAGUUGCCGCACGGCUAGCGUAUAUCACGGGCAACGAGACCUACGCAGACUGGGCAACCAUGGUUUGGGACUGGAUGGCCGACAGUCUGAUGUUUGACCGGACCGACGAUGAACUUCUCUAUAUCUGGGACAACGUCAACGCCGAGAAGGAUUGCGGUGAUCCAGUUAGAUUUAUCUGGAGCUACAACUAUGGUGUGCUGCUGGCUGGCGCUGCGUACAUGUAUAAUCACACCGAAGACGCUGCAUGGAAAGAAAGAGUCGACGAGCUUCUUGCGAGUACCAUGAUACUUUACUUCCCAGAAGACAAGGGAGGCAAUACCAUGGUGGAGUAUCUAUGUGAGGAGCAGCAGCUGUGCAACCAGGACCAAAAGAGCUUCAAAGCAUAUCUCACCCGAUGGUUGGCAGUAACGGCGCUGCUGGUGCCCGACACCUGGGACACGAUCUAUCCCAAGCUGAUGUCCAGUGCCGCUGGUGCCGCUGGACAGUGCACUGGUGGAACAUCGGGCACUAUGUGCAGUCAGAUGUGGUACACCAACGUCCAUACAGGACAAUCUGGCGUUGGCGAACAGAUGAGUGCACUCGCAGCAGUUGGAGCCUCCAUGUUACAACGUAGUAUGGCGCCUCUCACCAAAGACUCGGGAGCUCAGUCGGAAAGCAACCCUACCACUGGCCUGACUGACAACAGUGUCAAGGAGUUCAGGGACAUCACAGAUGGAGACAGGGCUGGCGCCGCCAUCCUCACCAUCCUCGUGUGUGUCUUAAUGGUGGGUGCUAUGGGAUGGAUCGUGCUUGAAUAG